AUGUCGGGUCCGGCGAUGUGCAGUGGUACUGGCGAGACUGUGUUUCGCUCGAUCCACUCUGUUGGGCGCUUCUGGAUCUUUGAGGGAAAGAAUCCAGAUUCACAGACAGAAGAGCUCGACCACGAAUAUCUGGAUACAAUAAUUGUCCAGGGACGUGAGUUUCAAAAGUAUGCGAUCGACCAUCGAAUAUAUUUUGGACCAAUCGAUGAUGAAGAAGCACAACGGUUGGAUGCUCAGCAGCAGAUUUUCCAGAGAAUCUUCGAUGACCGCCUGGUCUUUCCGCCAAUUCGUCGACUGCGAAGGGUCUUAGAUUGUGGACAUGGAGCCGCUUCAUGGGCUAUAGAGGUUGCUGAGCAGAAUCCAGAUUGCGACGUUAUUGGCGUGGACAUUGCCCCGCACAUGAGCCCAGACGAUGUCCCAGAAAAUCUUUGGCUGCAAGUUGACGACUUGAACCGCACAUUCACAUUCCCUUCGAACCAUUUCGACCUGGUCCACUCUCGACUUCUUGCGACCGGCAUCCAUCGUACUCGAUGGCCAUCCUAUAUCCGCGAUAUCAUCAGGGUCUUGAAGCCGGGUGGAUGGGUUCAAAUGGUCGAAAUAUAUCACAAUGUGCAAUCCGACAACGGCUCAAUCACCGAACAGCAUGCCUUAAGAAGAUGGAGCACGCAAUACAUGCGUGCUUUGGAAGAUAGGAAAGAUCUUCGCAUCGGAUCAAAGUUGCGAGCUUCUCUAAUCGAGGCGGGACUCGAGGAGGUUGACACAAACAUGGUUCCUCUCCCUUUGUCGGCGUGGUCGACCGAUGCAAGGAUGCGAGCUAUAGGGCAGUGCAACAGUGAUAACAUCCAACAACUCCUCCGAUCCUUGGCGCUAUACCCCCUCACCCAGCGUUUGCACAUGUCGACAGAAAAUUUUGAGUUGUUGGUACAACAGGCACAGCAGGAAGCCAGAGAUCCUUCCUUGAAGGCAUAUUUCCCUUUAUAUGUUUGCAUUGGUCGAAAGCCGUUGCGAUGA